UAUCAUCUCCCAUUGGUUUUAAUAUCAAUUUCUGGGAUUCAUAGUUCCAAUACUGUUUCUCACUCGCUUUCUUUUGCAUUUUUUUCCAUCUACACGCGUGCACUGCAUAUCAUAUUUCAUCAAAACAUAAAGGAAAGAAAAUAAGAAAGAAUUUUUCACUACGAUUAAGGGUAUUUAAGAAGCGAGAAGAGAGAGAGAGAGAGAGAGAGAGAGAGAGAGAGAGAGCGCAAGCGUGCGUGCGGGAAGGAAAGUCAGAUAGGAGAAAAGAAAGAAAGAAAGAAUCAGCAAUCAUGGGGAUGAUCAGUUCAUUGAUGAUGAUUAUUGUGUUUAUGACAACACUUGUGUUUUCCAUCAUAUUUCUCUUUUCCAAAACCAAAUGUCUGAGAUCCAAAACCUCAUGCCAGCUUCCUCUAGGAACCCUUGGCUGGCCUUUCCUCGGUGAAACCAUCGAUUUCAUUUCUUGUGCUUACUCCGACCGCCCCGAGAGCUUCAUGGACCGUCGUCGCCGCAUGUAUGGGAAAGUGUUCAAGUCACACAUUUUUGGGACCCAGACUAUAGUUUCAACCGAUGCAGAAGUGAGUCGGUUCGUUCUACAAAGCGAUUCAAAUGCUUUCGUGCCGUUCUAUCCGAAAUCCUUGACCGAGUUGAUGGGCAAAUCCUCCAUUCUUCUGAUCAAUGGGAGCUUACAAAGGAAAAUCCAUGGUCUCAUAGGAUCUUUUUUCAAGUCUCCACAUCUCAAACAUCAGAUCACUCGAGACAUGCAAAGUUAUGUCCAGCAAGCGAUGGAUCAAUGGAGAGAUGAUCAACCCAUUUUCAUUCAAGAUGAAACCAAAACUAUUGCUUUUCAAGUACUAGUCAAGGCAUUGAUUAGCUUGAACCCAGGUGAAGAAAUGGAAAUUCUUAAGAAACAGUUCCAAGAAUUCAUCUCAGGCCUUAUGUCCUUACCAGUAAAAGUGCCUGGAACUCAACUUUAUCGAUCUUUGCAGGCAAAGAAGAGAAUGGUUAAGAUUGUACUCAAAAUCAUCCAAUCUAGAAGGAACUCAAGCAAGAGUGAAAUGGCUCCACGAGACGUGGUGGAUGUUUUGCUCAAGGACGCCAGUGAACUGUUAACAGAUGAUCUGAUAGCCGGUAACAUGAUCGAUAUGAUGAUCCCCGGCCAAGAUUCUGUGCCUGUUUUAAUGACUCUUGCCAUCAAAUACCUCUCCGAUUGUCCCGCUGCGUUACAUCAAUUGACGGAGGAGAACUUGAAGUUGAAAAGGCUAAAAGCUCAAAAUGGGGAGCCACUGAUUUGGAGUGAUUACUUAUCAUUACCUUUUACACAAAGUGUUAUCACAGAGACUUUAAGGAUGGGAAACGUAGUAAUAGGGGUGAUGAGAAGAGCCAUGAAAGACAUGGAGAUAAAAGGGUAUCUGAUACCAAAAGGAUGGUGCUUUUUUGCUUAUUUUAGAUCAGUCCAUCUCGAUGAAAAUCACUACGAUUGGCCUUAUCACUUUAAUCCAUGGAGAUGGCAAGAGAAAGACAUAAUUAGCAGUUAUAACUUUACUCCAUUUGGUGGUGGACAGAGGUUGUGCCCUGGACUUGAUUUGGCCAGGCUUGAAUCUUCCAUUUUCCUACACCAUUUUGUCACUAAUUUCAGAUGGGUGGCGGAAGAAGACACGAUAAUCAACUUUCCGACAGUAAGAAUGAAGAAGAGGAUGCCGGUUCGGGUGAAACCAAGGGUAGAUUAGACCGGCCCAACAUCGUUAACCUCAACAUCUGCUUUUGACUAAAGCAAUAAUUAAAACUUAAUCCAACAACAAAUAUUUAAAAGCAAAACCUAAUCAAUAAAGGGUACAGUCCAUGUAAUUGUAUAUUCCAAAAACAAAUUCGG